AUGAACAGCUUCAGGGGUGCCUUUCUAGUCUGGGCGGUGGCAACAUGGGCUAAAAUGGACACAUCUCGGGGAGCGACUGAUGAGGCUGGGUUUCAAAAUUGCAAGAAUGCCUUAAAAUUGCCUGUUCUGUCCGUCUUACCUGGAGGCGGCUGGGAUAACCUGCGGAAUGUGGACAUGGGACGGGUGAUGGAGUUGACUUACACCCACUGCAGGACCACGGAAGAUGGGCAGUACAUCAUCCCGGAUGAGAUCUUCACCAUUCCCCAGAAGCAGAGCAACUUGGAGAUGAACUCCAAAAUCUUGGAGUCCUGGGUUAACUACCAGAGCACCACCUCCAACUCCAUCAACAUGGAGCUCUCUCUUUUUUCCAAAGUCAACGGCAAGUUCUCCCCUGAGUUCCAGAGGAUAAAGACCCUUCAGGUGAAGGACCAAGCUGUAACUACCCAGGUUCAGGUAAGAAACCUGGUCUACACGGUCAAAAUCAACCCAGAUACAGAGCUAAGCUGGGUGUUUAAGAAGGAGCUUAUGGACAUCUCGGAGCGUCUGGAGAACAACCAGACCCGGAUGGCCACCUACUUGGCGGAACUCCUGGUCCUCAACUACGGUACCCAUGUCAUCACCAGUGUGGAUGCAGGGGCCGCGCUCAUCCAGGAGGAUCACAUCAGGUCGUCCUUCCUGCAGGACAGCCAGAGCAGCCGCAGCGCCUUGACCACAUCCGCUGGAAUCACCUUCCUGAACAUUGUCAACUUCAAAUUCGAGGAGAACUACACCUCACAGAACGCCUUCACCAAGAGCUACCUCUCCAACCGAACCAACUCCAGAGUUCAGAGCAUCGGAGGACUUCCGUUUUACCCAGGCAUCACCCUCCAGGCCUGGCAACAGGGCAUCACCAACCACCUGGUGGCCAUGGACAGAGCUGGCCUGCCUCUGUAUUUCUUCAUCAACCCCGAACGACUGCCUGACCUGCCGGGGCCCUUGGUGAGAAAGCUGUCGAAGACGGUGGAAGCGGCUGUGCGCAGGUAUUAUGCAAUCAACACCUACCCCGGCUGCACAGAUCUCAACUCGCUCAACUUCAACUUCCAAGCCAACACCGACGAUGGCUCUUGUGAGGGGAAGAUGACCAAUUUCUCCUUCGGGGGAGUUUACCAGGAAUGCACCCAGUUCUCGGGGAAUGAGGUUGUCCAGCUCUGCCAGAACCUGGAGCAGAAGAAUCCGCUGACCGGCAGCAUGUCCUGCCCCUCUGGUUACUCCCCAGUCCAGCUGCUCGCCCAGACCCACGAAGAGGGGUACAACCACCUGGAGUGUUCGCGCAAGUGUACCCUCUACAUCUUCUGCAAGACGGUGUGUGAAGACGUGUUCCGAGUAGCCAGGGCUGAAUUCAGGGCAUUUUGGUGCGCAGCCAGUGGGCAAGUACCCGAAAACUCAGGGCUCCUUUUUGGCGGGCUCUUCAGCAGUAAGAGCAUAAACCCUCUGACCAAUGCCCAGUCAUGCCCAGCCGGCUAUUUUCAACUGACACUUUUUGAAAACCUCAAGGUAUGUGCCUCUCAUGACUAUGAGUUGGGAUAUAGAUUUUCUGUCCCCUUUGGUGGGUUCUUUAGCUGUGCGGUGGGGAACCCCUUGGUGGAUUCUGCCGCAUCCAAAGAUCUAGGGGCGCCUUCUCUAAGAAAGUGUCCGGGGGGCUUCAGCCAACACCUCGCCCUCAUCAGUGAUGGGUGCCAAGUGUCUUACUGCGUCAAAGCCGGGCUUUUUACAGGAGGGUCUCUGCCUCCUGUCAGGCUUCCUCCUUACACCCGACCACCGCUCAUGAGUCAGGCAGCCACCAACACUGUCCUGGUGACUAACUCCGAGACGGCCAGCUCCUGGAUUAAAGAUCCCCAGUCCCACCAGUGGAGGCUGGGGGAGCCCCUGGAGCUUCGCAGGGCCAUGAGAGUCGUCCACGGAGAUGGUGGGGGUCUGUCUGGAGGAGCAGCCGUGGGGCUCACCCUGGGGGUGACCAUCGCCCUGGCAGGGAUCAUUGCCCUGGCCAUCUACGGCGCCCGGAAGUCCAGGAAAAAGGGAUACCAGGUGCUCCAGGACGAGAAGCAGAGUUUGGCUGCAGGCACUGCUGUGAAUGGAGAUGCCCUUGAUCAAGAGCAGGCACAGAGUCCUGCUUAG